AUGUCGGACGGAGAAAGUGGACCGUCGGAGGCUGUUUUCACUCAGCUGCAGCAGGGGCACGUUUUUAUCGACACAGGCUCCUCCGGGCCGGAUGAUAUCUUCGAGGAGGACUCGUACUCUCCGUCCUCGCUGUCCUCCUCCUCUCUGUCCUCCGCCUCGGCCUCCCUGCAGGGGAAGGCUCUGUGCUCCUCCUGCGGCCUGGAGAUCGUGGACAGAUACCUGCUGAAGGUGAACAACUUGUGCUGGCACGUGCGCUGCCUCUCGUGCAGUGUUUGUAAAACCUCACUGGGGCGACAUGUGAGCUGUUACAUCAAAGAUAAACAGGUUUUCUGCAAACUCGACUACUUCAGGAGGUAUGGGACCCGCUGUGCUCGCUGUGGCCGUAACAUCCACUCCAGCGACUGGGUGCGUCGGGCCAGAGGAAGCACCUUCCACCUGGCCUGUUUCUCCUGCACCUCUUGUAAGCGGCAGCUCUCCACCGGGGAGGAAUGUGGACUUCUGGAGAACAGAGUGUUCUGCCGACCGCACUACGAGAUCAUGAUGGACAAUCUCAGACGUGCCAAGGAGAACGAGCAACCAAAAGUAGAGGAAGAGGUGACCGACAAAGACGACUCCAGCUCCAUCUCCAGACCCGCUAAGAGGGCCAGGACCAGCUUCACCGUGGACCAGUUACAGGUGAUGCAAACCCAGUUUGCCAAAGAUAACAACCCAGAUGCUCAGACUCUGCAGAAGCUGGCAGAGAGGACUGGUCUCAGCCGCAGGGUUAUUCAGGUCUGGUUCCAGAACUGUCGAGCUCGUCAAAAGAAACACAUCAGCCCGACUGCUGCCUCUUCAGCCAUGAUGUCUCUCGCUCCUGGUCAGCUGACACCACCGUUGAUGGAAGAUCUUCAAUAUACAACCUAUAUCUCUCCAGACGCACCUCUCCUCACGACACUGACCUAUAUGGACGUCCAAACUCCAGAUCCACUUUUGCUUCAGCCACUUCUAUCCCAUUCAUUGCCGCAGCUACCAGUCAGCCACGCCUGAACUUCAGCUAGCCUCCUGAGAAGAACUGAGGCUGAUUGUUUGAUGGGAGGAUGAAGAGCACAUCAUUACUCUUUAAUUUAAAAAAAGAAAAAAAAUCCUGCGAGGAUUGGGUCAGCUGAAAUCUAGGAACUGUCCAGAGAAAGAAUAGCACUGAAUUUUCACUGCUGCCUCGUGUGAGCAGACACUUGGAAGAAUCAACUUGUUGGCACUGAAUUAAUUUCAUUCUAUCAGACAGAGAGUUGUGGAUGAGAAUAAGUUGAAAAUGUCAAGUAAAAUAUUGAUAUUUGUAAGAUGAAAGUUUUGUUGAUAUGUGUUAAGAUUUUUUUGUAUUUAAUUUAUUUGGAGGAUUCGAUGAGAAUAAGGCACUUUGCUGGAAAACGAUGUAAAAUCGAUUUGGUUUUGAGUCAAAUGUUAUGCUUUGAGACUGUAACUGAGGAAAUGUCAGUUUUGGCAUCUAUAAGAGUGAAAAUCGGAUGUUUUUUGUUUCUGACUAAAUACUACUAGAAAAUUUGGGAUUGGAUUGUACUGCAAAUUAAAACCACAGAUUGGUACAUUCAUGGAGAAAGUCUACUGUUCCUUUCAGUAUUAUUGGUGUGAAAAACAUGUGCAAUGUAUUUACAGUGUAUUAAACAACAACUUUAAUACCGGGCAAAUGACAUUACCCAAGCUAUUUUUCAGUUCAGCAUGUGUUGAGCACAGAUGGAAAACAAAACAAGUUAUAAAUGUUUCCUUAGAUUUUGAAAGUUAUUUCAUGUCAUGUCAUACCUACACACAGGAAACAGAUGAAGUUUAAUAUUUGGUGUUGGGGAUUCAAGUUCAUGCACCCUAAGUUUGGUUUUUUUGCUUGGCAGAAUUUAUUUGUUCCUUUGAAUUGGUUACUGUGAAAAGGAUAUCAAUAGUUGUAUGACAGUACUUAUACUGAUGUUUGUUCAUCUAAAUGUAAAAUUUGGGGGUAGUUGGACCAGUUCUUUCAAUUCUCUAAAUAUUUCA